CACAUCGACUACUAUUGUCAGCCAUUAAAAUAGUGAAGACGCCUAAAAUUACUGCCAUAAAUUUUGUAUUACGAAAGAAAUAGUUUUUGUAACAAAAAUACGCAACAAAAAUGUGAAUUUAGUGUAGUUUUUAUUCAUUUAAUUCACUUAGUUUUGAAAAUAAUUGUAAAAAUUUUAAAUGUUUUUGAAAAAUUGUCGUGAAUUUCUUUUUUUAUUUCUUACAAAGAACGCAUAGUUUUAAAUGUGAGUACCAAAAAUACGAUGAAUUCGCAAAAUUCGGGAGUCCUAACCUCUUGCGGAGUUAAUAAUUCACUUUUAGUGAAUUCCAUGAACGAGAUGGUGGAAAAGAAUAACAAGAACAAUGACAUUGAGGAAGAAUAUUUUUUAGUAACAGAGGAAUCGGGAGAAUUGCAAAUAAUCGACAGGGAUGAUUAUCAAAAUGAUAAAUUAGCACAAAUGUGCCGGACAUGUGGCACUGUUAAUGAUCAUCUUAUACCAAUAUUCAAGGAAGAUGGCCUCGAACAUAAUUUUUCCAGUAAAAUACAGAAGCAUCUACCGAUAAAAGUCUGUGAAACGGAUAUUUUACCUCUACAAUUGUGUUAUCAAUGUGCUGCAACGUUGCUCGCUUGGGAUGAACUUUCUGAUGGGGUUCUUUCGGCACAAAGUCGCCUUCUACGUCUUCAGGAACAAGCAGAACAAAGAAGGUCGUCGGUUUAUGAGGAACCAGCGAAACCUGAAGAAAAUACAGAAUUCCACCAGAAAGAAUCGACGGAAGAGGAACAAUCAACUCAGCAGGCCGAGAACAAUGAAACUCUAAAAACUGAAAGGUCCAGUAGAGUCCAGACACCAUUUAACGUAUUCCUUGAUACGCAGACAAUUUUUUGGUCACCCUCAAAACGAAGACAGACAACAACAACAACAACAAAUCGAUGUCAAGUACAAGAAAAAAUUCCCACCGAAACAUCAGAACCCAUGAAUAUCUGGAUAAACUCCUCACUAUCAUUACCAAUGCCAAUCAACAAUCAAUUGUUCGAACAACAAUCAACAAUUGACAUCGUUGACGAACCAAAAAACGAACAACAGGAUUAUGAAUUUAUCGGCGAAUUGCCCACGAGCAGUAAUGACACCGACAGCGAUGAACUCAAUUGGAAAUGUAAAACAUGUACCCUUGAAUUUAAUUCCGCCGCGGAAUUAAAUGAACACGCUAAAACACAUCAAUCCCAAGUGCCAUAUCUCUGUGCCGAAUGUGGACGUGGUUUUAAAUUAAAGGACUCAUUUGUUCGUCAUUCGCGAAUUCAUCGCGAUGAACGUCCAUUCACGUGUCACGUGUGCGGUAAACAAUUUCGUGACUCCGGUGGAUUGUCCCGUCACAUCAAGGAUGUUCAUGCGAAAUUAAAAAAAUUCCCCUGCGAUCUUUGCGAAAAUAGUUUCGCCUCAAAAGCAACGCGCGACGAUCAUCGUCGAACACACACCGGCGAACGACCCUACGUUUGCGAUUGUUGCGGUAAAACAUUCAAAUCAAAGGCAUCACUCUACAUUCACAGUAAAUUACAUACAGACGAAUUUCCCCAUCCUUGUUCGUAUUGUCAAAAAAAAUUUCGCCGCCGUCAGGAAAUGUUAGCACACAUCACAACACAUACGGGCGAGAAGAAUUUCGCCUGCGAUAUUUGCUCAAAACGAUUUCGCGUCAAAUCAGAACUUAUGAGACAUCGUUUGAUACACUCCGACGAUAAGCCAUUCGCUUGCAAUAAAUGUGGCCUCGCGUUUCGUCAAAAACGCUAUCUCAACAAUCAUCUCAAGAACCGACACAUUGAACUCUCGAAGAAUUGCUAAUUAUUAUUUUUCACCAAAUUUCUAGAUUAGAAACUAAUUUUUUAGAAUUGAGGAAGCAAACACUGAAAAAUAGUUUUUAUAUUACUAAAGAAAAAAAAAAAAAUGGAAGAAUUCCAGUAACGAUAUCAACGUAUUUUUUUGUAGAUGCAGUUUGUCCACUUACCGAAAGCAUUCAUCGAAAUCGU